AUUUUAUACUAUAAAUAAAGAUAUUUAUUUGUACAUAUAUUUCCAGUUAGGAAUAAUUUUCGGUGACAUUUUACAAAGUUUAAGUAGUAUGUAGCUUUUGAUAUCUUUUCGCUGUAUGACUGGUGCCUGAAAAGGGAAAGCACAAACUCAUGACGCAUCUUACAUUAAAAAUAGACGUGCAUUUGCGCAACACAUUUACAUAAACUCUUGGCACCUCCGUAUAUAAAUUGCCAGAGCUAUGGCUCUAAUAUGUGCAUACACUUUAAUCCAAAUCUGGGAAGAGCAAGAAAAAACGCUUUUGGCAUCGACUGCAUCAGACUUCAAUCAAUAUAUUUUAAAUAAAUUAAGAUAGGAGGCGAUGAAGACGGACAGCAUUGGGCAAAAUAUUCCUUUCAGUGGCAGAAAGCGCAGCUUGAUUGAAGACGCCCGACGGGAGAGAGAAAGCGCAUCGUCCUCACCCGGACCCUCACGGUGCGGGGACAGCUUCGUGUUUGAAGACGAGAAAAACGGCAAAGUUACUCUUAACAUCCUAUUUGCACUCAAAAAUGAAAAAAACGCAGGGUUUUUUAAAGCGGGAAAAGUCUUUGAGACUUUUGAAGCCAAGUUACUUCAUCUUGAAAGUCGACCGAGCAGGAAGUGUAAGAAAAGCGGUGGAGAUGAUCUGGAGUUCUUCAUGAGCUGUGAACUGCACUGCUCCCAUACCGACAUCUUCAUUAACUCCCUAAAAAGAGUUGCAGAUGAUGUACGAACAUUGCAAGAGGAAAAGACUCCAUGGUUUCCGAAAAAGAUUGCUGACCUGGACAAAUGCAAUCAUUUAAUAACAAAAUACGACCCUGAUCUGGACCAGGAUCACCCUGGUUUCAGCGAUCUGGACUACAGAAAACGAAGAGGAUUCAUCUCUGAACUUGCUUUCAAGUACAAGCAUGGUGACCCUCUACCUGUAGUGGAAUACACUCCUGAAGAGGUUGCCACUUGGAGGGAAGUCUACAGAAACCUGACCAGUCUAUACCCGAGUCACGCGUGCAAGCAGUUUCUAGAUGCUCUGGGACAGCUGGAGAGGGAAUAUGUGUAUGGGGAGGACAAAAUUCCUCAACUCAGAGACGUGUCUGCAUUUCUUAAAGAGAGGACAGGAUUUCAAGUGCGACCAGUCGCAGGGUUGCUCUCCGCCCGAGACUUCCUUGCCAGUUUAGCCUUUAGGGUUUUCCAGUGUACCCAGUACAUCCGUCACCCCUCAGCUCCCAUGCAUUCCCCUGAACCUGACUGCUGCCAUGAAUUACUUGGACAUAUACCGAUGCUCGCAGACAAAGAAUUUGCUCAGUUCUCACAGGAGAUUGGACUUGCUUCACUUGGAGCAUCUGAUGAGGAUAUUGAAAAGCUGUCCACGCUUUACUGGUUUACGGUGGAGUUUGGUCUCUGUAAACAAAAUGGAGCAGUAAAGGCCUAUGGAGCUGGCCUUUUGUCUUCCUAUGGAGAACUUCUGUAUGCCCUUUCUAAUGAGCCCCAAUACAAACCGUUCGACCCGGCCGAGGCAGCAAUCCAACCGUAUCAGGACCAGUCAUAUCAGCCUGUGUACUUUGUGUCCGAGACCUUCGAGGAUGCCAAAAGCAAGCUGAGGCAAUAUUCAUCCACAAUACAGAAGCCAUUCUCAGUUAAAUAUGAUCCCUACACUUGCAGCAUGGAGAUUUUGGAUGAGCCCUCUAAGAUCCAUAAUGCUUUGGGGCAGCUGAGGGAAGACCUGAAAAUCUUGCAUGAGGCAGUGGAGAGACUUGCACAGAAAUAAGCCAGUUUGUGUGAUCUAGCAUCAAUAUCAGCAAAUGUCUUUAUAAACAAAAUAUAAUUAUUGCAUAUGUCAACAUGAA